AUAUUAACUGAUCUACUACAAAAGUUUGAUAUACCAACUCUAAUUGAAGCAACUAGUAUCACUAAUAGUGACUAUAUUAUUCUAUCUACUACUUGGUAUACAGACUUCACUUGUUCAAAUUCUAGAAACAAGAAAAAGAAAAGGAAAAUUCUUCUUUACACAAAAAUAAGCAAUAAAGAUUAG